CGGGCGUUUCAGCUCGGCAGCCACGUACGCGAAUCCAGGCGUCGAGCCAAGACCGGCUGGCUUCGCGAGUUCGCGCCAGAGUCGAAAAAGGCGCUCGCAUUUCUGGCGGUGUGUGCGGGCGUUACCGUUGAGUGUGGGGUUGACUGGUGCAAGCUGUGCAAAGCGUUUUCCGCGUUGGUUCACCAUGCUCCGGCGUCCGGUCAGCGUGCUAGCGCGGCCGCGUUACAACGGCGUUCGCAAUCGUCGCCAGAGCUGACGCCGCCGGGGGAAACGAUCAGCGAUCAGCUGCGGCAGUACACGACGGCGUUGGCGUCACUCGCGCCGGCGCCAAAAAACUGCGACGUCGAGUGCCGUGUUCGUCGUUUCCGGGAAAACCGCGCGGCGACCGACGCCUACAAGAUCAGGCACAGCAUCAUGUCUGAAUACUGUCUCCAGACGUGCAGCACCAACCGGAACAUCAUGUUUGUCAGGACGAGGGAGCCCAUCGCGGACGAUGUGUUCAGCCCCGAAUCGUCGCCCAAGCGGCUCUGCCUCGACCUCGAGCCCCGAACUUCCUGCGACGACGUGGACAACAUAGCCCGCAUCAUGACACCCACGCCACCGUCUGAGUCCCCCGUGAAACGGCCACUCCAGGACGUCACCCCCCGUCACAACAACAGUGGCAGCUCAUCACCAUCGCUCCCGCCGUCACCCGGCACGCCCACCAAGUCCAGCGGUGACUUCUUGGGGAGCUCCUUAGACCCAAUGACACCGACGGCCCGUCUCAAGCUGUUAUCCUGCCUGGCUGCUGAACGAUUGCCCUAUGCGAGCGGCGAAAAUGGAGUGGACGACGAGCUGUCCAAUCACAGCAGCAACUCUGAGAACCAGAAGCCGACCAGUCGGAAGGACAAGUCUCUCGGCUUACUCUGUCAGGCGUUCUUAAAGCUUUAUCCUGAAUACACGAGUUCGUCGGACCACAUUAUUGUUUCCCUGGACGAAGUUGCCAAACACUUGGGCGUGGAGAGGCGGCGAGUGUAUGACAUUGUCAACGUCCUCGAGAGUGUCGGCAUGGUGACCAAGGAGGCCAAGAACAAGUACCGCUGGUUCGGCAAGGGUGCAUUGCUGGAGACCUUGCCAAAGCUCAAGGCCCUCUCUGAGAAAAGCAACAUAGCCGGCCAGAUCCACUCGGUGAAGGACUUCGAGUUCAACCAUUCCCUCGAGAUGAGCAGCCAGCUGUUUGUGGUGCCAGUCCAACGAGGCCAUCAACUCGGUCAAGUCACGGCGGCAUCCAUGGGUGCCGACAACGGAGGCGGCACAGUCACUAUCCAGGACUUGGAACUGCGUCGAGAAAAGUCUAUGGGCAUCAUGAGUCAGCGCUUUCUCAUGCUGUUCUUGACGUCGCCGCCAAAAACAGUAAGCCUGGACUUGGCGGCCAAGGUACUCAUCGGUGACCCAACAGUCGACAAGACGCAGUCCCUAGUCUAUAAGACCAAGAUUCGACGGCUAUACGAUAUCGCCAACAUCCUGACCAGCCUGGGUCUCAUCCGCAAAGUCACGGUGACCGAGUCCCGGGGCCGUAAAAGUGCCUUCAAGUACAUAGGCCCCGACAUUGGCUCAGCCAACACAGACGAAGAUGUUCAAGUCCUGACGCAGUCACGACACUCUCUUGUCGCCACUGGAUUUUCGUUUAAGAAAAAUGCCCUGUCAAAAGACGAGAAUUCGAUGUCAAGGUCGCCGGGUUCUAAUGAAUGCUCUGCGCAAGUCCUGCAACUCCUGCAACAGACGCAAGGUUCACCCUCGAUAGACACCGUGAUGUCACGCGAACGCUUCAAACGUGGCUCUUCGCGGCUAAUGCGGACGCACAGCGACGACAUUUCGGCUCCCACCCGGAAAAGCCGCCGCGGAUCCCAGUUGGCCGCGAAGGCGACACCCGCGUCGACUGCAAAGACCCUGGUGCGGCACGCCAGCUUCACGACAUUUGUGAGGUCGCCGAGAUGGAGCGGCGGCGCCUGUACUCGGAGGAGGAAGAGAACCAACGGGACUUGUCCUGCCCAGAACUCACCUGUCGGCAACAAUAUUGGCGUGGCUGGCACUGACAAGUCUCCCGGCGGUGCAGAAUUGGGAGUCGAUGGAGCUUCCCCAAGCAAGGUUACUACAUCCAAUGUUGAACAGGCUGAAGCCAAGAAGAGUGAGCCGAAUGCCGAGUCCCACGUGAUCACCCUGUCCGAAGAGCAGUACACCAGUCUGCUGCAGUCGCUGAAUUUGCCGAUCCACUCCAAGCCAAUCAUCAGCAUCCAGCAAGAGAAGGCAAAGAAGGCCGAGCCACCCUGCAAGUGUACGGGCACCCCGCAGCAGCAGCCACAGCACUUGCAGACUACUCAGCAAACGGUGUCACAGCAGACAACUGAGCAGACUACUUCGCAACAGACGGUGGUACAGCAGACGCCGGCGCAGCAGACUACCGUGCUGGCUGCAGCGGAAGUGCCAGCCAUCCUGACUCCCACUUUCCGCUGGGUUAUCGAGCAUGAUCAGCGGACGCCAUCGGGAGCCAGCUGCUCCGAAGAGAUGAUCACGACGCUGGCGCUCCCUGCCGCAGCCCGCAAGCUGACGUACGACAGCGUUCCGACGACGCCGGUUUCGUCAGGGGCCGAGCAGGGUCUCGUUCUAAGCAUAACAGCUGCGGAAGCAGCAGACGACGCGGCCCUCAAGCUGACGCCGACAACGGCAGCAGGAAUGGUAACACCGCUGACGCCUAGCUACUAUGCUUGCUUCGUCCGCGGCCCCUCGUCGUCACCGGAAGUGUUGCCGCUGGUCACUACAGCUGCGUCAUCCUCAUCUUCGCCGCAGAUUCCCAUCUUCUCGCCAUCCAACUGCGUGCUUGCCCUGUCGCCUGUCGUUCUUGGUGCGGCCCACCACGGCCAGGCGGCCAUGUCUGCCAUCGCGCUUCCGGCGGGAACGAGGUUCUUGACGGCCACCACACCAGCAGCAGCGCCGGCGCCCCCCGAGAAGAAGGCCUCGACGGCUGCGCGUAAGUUGACGCUGACCAAGUGAGGAAUGUUUUGAGAAAACGCUGGGUAGACUCAGCAAUAUCAGCCGGUGAACAAUCAUGAAUUUGUGGUGGUGGCUAUGGAAAAUUUAACAUUGAAUGCAAGUAUGUGAAAAAGACUUAAAAAAGUGACAGAAAAAAAGAAAUAUCCCUGGGGUGUAGUGAGGCUUGCAUUUCUAAAGCUUUGUUUGUGGGGCCACCUGGUCAUUCCAGAAGACUUAAACUUACGAUGACUUGCAGAAGUUUGGCGAUGACUAGUGGUGUCGACCGGCAGUCAUGGCCAAAAUGUGUGUCUACAGCACAUGUUGUAACUCACGGUGCAAUUUCGUCUUCUGCAACUCCGGUGCGAGGAACACCUAGCAAGAGGAGUAAUGCAGAACUUCCAGUGUGGCUGGAUUGUUUUUCGCUCUGCGUCCAGGCAUCAUCCAGCCUUCUGAAGGAAAACAUGGAGUGCAGAGUGAAGUGAUUCAUUUGUUCCUCAACUCUUUACGCGACAGUGGGUACGGCGAGGCAUCUCCUCGUGUUGUGUGCUACAAUGCGUGCGUGCGUGUGCGUGUGUGUGUGCUGUACGACAUGACGGAUGUUCCCCCGUUCUUCACACACCUUGUGCGGCUGCUGCUGUUUGGAGGUUUGUAAAGACACGCGAUUGUGACUGUGUUAGCAUUAGGACAUUCGACCAAAAGCUUUGCACUUUACUUUUCCAUGGUGCAACUGGACGUUAACAAGAACACGCAUUACUGCUGUGGGACCUGUACUGUGGUUUGUGAGACGUGAAAAAGUGACAUUCUGCAGCAUAGUCGCCGUUCGCCAACGUGGUAAAGCCUUUUAAGGUUCAAGGGUCAAGCAUGUUCUGCUGGCUUGGCCGCAAUACUUCAAUCAUUUUCUAGUGCCUCCCAGGUUCCCUCCUGCCUGUGUUGCGUGCUGCACGACAUCGGAGCGUGACACAUUCUGCUCCACAACCAUCGUUAGCCCAGGAGCACUGAAGAGCUCUGAAACGCCGAACAUUUCAAGAUUCAAGUGCAAGAAAUUAUCAACAAAUCCUGCCACAACAUUUUCUCCAGUUUCCGACCACUCAAAUGUUUUGUGCCACGUGUCAGCUUCCUCCCAUUUACUGUUAUGUGUAAAGCUAGCUUGCAUGCUAGCUGUACUGUUGAGCUUAAUUUACUUGUUGCUAGCUUUUUUUUUUUCUGGUAGUGACAUUUUCAUUUUCUUUCGAGUCAUGUUGUCACUUGUUACAUGCUUAGUAUUGUUUGGGUAUUGUUGGAGAGUGAGCUUAAACAAAUGAGUAGCCUUAGGCUCGUCUCUUGUUGCCAUCCAUGACACUUUUUUUUUUUCAGCAGUUAGCGCUCUUAUCAUCAAUCUUGUUCUCAUUCAUUAUGUUUUCAUCAAGUUCAUCACAUCUGGGUUUGAAAGGGUGUUUAGGGUUAAUUCGUAGUCACUGUUUGGGCUUGGAAAAUGGUUUAGGUUGAGGUGUAAAUGCCACAUGCUCACUGCCAUUUUUUUUUUCUUGUGGUAAUGGUUCCGGGAUGAAUGUGCAUUCCCACUGGGCAGCACUUCAGUGUUGGCUUUUAUUUAUUCACACAGGCACUUGUACAUAGUAGGCUUAAGAUGCCCAGACGCCAAUGUUCCCCCUGCCAACUUUCGUAGCGACGUCGGCGACCUUGUCAUCAAAAUUUCCUCCUUGCGGACAUUUGUUCAUAGAGACUAUUUAGUUUCACCGUAAAAGGAUGGACUGUUUUCAUUUUUUCUGGUCGAUUGGUCGCCAUUGCGAAACGUUGCUCUUAUCUUUGAUGUAGCUUCGCAAAGAAGCAGUGAAUGCAACUAAGAAAUAAAGUGCUAGUAUAAGUGCCACAGUGCUGGCAUGGUGAA